GCAAGCAGCGGCGCCGCCGUUUUCCGCCGGCAAAGCUCCAGUCCGGGCUCCUCCUUGCCGCCCGUGCUCGCCAUCCACGGCAUCCUCCGCCGCCGCUCCCGCCUCCCGCGCUCCCCGCAGGCUUCCUUGUGGGCUCUCUCGCCGCGCCGCUCGAGCUCUCGCACUCGCCGCAUUCCAUCGGCUAGUAGUCUCCGCUGCCCGCCGCAUGCGGACACGCUCGCGGCGAUCUUCGGCGAUACGCUAGGAAUUAGGAUACCUAGGAAAGGAGGUUCCGAUGGCGGCGGCGGCGGCGGAGGAUGGGCAAUGGGUGCUGAUGGCGACGGGGCGGUCGCCGACCAACAUCGCGGUGAUCAAGUACUGGGGGAAGCGCGACGAGGCGCUCAUCCUCCCCGUCAACGACAGCGUCAGCGUCACACUCGACCCCGACCACCUCUCCGCCACCACCACUGUCGCCGUCAGCCCGUCCUUCUCCUCCGACCGCAUGUGGCUCAACGGCAAGGAGAUCUCGUUGUCAGGAGGAAGGUUUCAGAGCUGCCUGAGAGAGAUCAGGAAGCGUGCUUGUGAUUUUGAGGAUGAGAAGAAGGGGAUCAAGAUAAAGAAAGAGGAUUGGGAGAAGUUGCAUGUCCACAUAGCUUCGUACAAAAACUUCCCCACCGCUGCUGGUUUGGCCUCUUCGGCUGCUGGCUUUGCUUGCCUCGUUUUCACUCUUGGAAAGCUAAUGAAUGUGAAAGAAGACUAUGGAGAACUUUCUUCAAUAGCAAGGCAGGGAUCUGGGAGUGCAUGCCGCAGUAUUUAUGGUGGAUUUGUGAAAUGGUGUAUGGGAAAAAAAGAUGAUGGAAGUGACAGUAUUGCGGUGCAGCUUGCUGAUGAAGCACAUUGGAAGGAUCUUGUAAUUAUUAUUGCAGUGGUCAGUUCAAAGCAGAAGGAAACAAGUAGCACCAGUGGGAUGCGGGAUAGUGUUGAAACAAGUCCCCUCUUGCAGUACAGGGCCCAGACUGUAGUGCCAAGUCGGGUGUUGAAAAUGGAAGAGGCUAUCAAGAAUCGCGAUUUUGAAUUGUUUGCCAAGUUAACUUGUGCAGAUAGCAAUCAGUUUCAUGCUGUAUGUUUAGAUACGAGCCCUCCCAUCUUUUAUAUGAAUGAUACAUCACACAGGAUAAUUAGUCUUGUGGAAAAGUGGAACCACUUGGAAGGUUGCCCACAGGUUGCCUACACCUUUGAUGCUGGGCCUAACGCUGUUUUAAUUGCGCGAAACCGUAAAACCGCUGCACUUCUCCUCCAGAAGCUCUUGUACUAUUUCCCUCCACAAGACAAGGAUUUGAGCAGCUAUUUGGUCGGCGACAAAUCAAUUCUAAGCGAUGCUGGAUUGCACUCCCUAGAAGAUGUUGAGGCUCUCCCGGCGCCUCCAGAGAUGAAGAUACAUGACCAGAAAUUCAAGGGCGACGUUAGCUACUUCAUCUGCAGCAGGCUUGGGGUUGGCAUAAACGUUGUCGCUGACGAAAGCCAAGCGUUGCUCGAUUCGGUCACGGGGCUCCCAAAAGUGGUGUGCUUUUAGAUUACUACUCACUCCGUUCCAAAUUAUAAGUUAUUCCAACUUUUUUGGAGAGUCAAACUAUUUUAUAUUUGACCAAAAUUAUAGAGAGGAUCACAAAGGUUUAUGGCACCGAAUAGAUGUACUAUGAAAAUUUAUUUAACGAAGAAAAUAAUGGUACUCAUUUGGUAUCAUGAAUGUUAGUACUUUAUUCUAUAAAUUUGGUCAAACUUGAGAUGUUUUGACUCCAAGAAAGUUGGAAUAGCUUAUAAUUUGGAAUUGGAGGGAGUAGUUUGGUUUGAUACAUUGGGAUUGUGUACCGGUUGGUUUUCAUGCUGGGAACUAGAACAUAUCUUGCUGUAACUUGUAGGGCUGUAGGUUUCAUCCUGUGCAAUUGCCCAUCCAUGAUCCAUCCAUCCAUUUGGGCCUGGUGUUUUGUUGCUGAUGCUAAAUAAAGGGCAUGAAUGGCUAGCUGUUUUCAAUAAAAGAUUGUGGAAUAAGCUGUCUC